AUCAAUGUAGGCAGAAGUCGUGUGUACCGGAGAUUCAUGUCCUUGCUUGUUUGAUUUUUCCAUAACGUGGGUUAAAAACUCACUUGGUAUUCGGUGUAGGUCACUGUUUUCUUAUCAGUCGAUUUGACUUUAAAACACAGUCCAUCAUGCCUCUUCUUAAACAGUCCCCCAAAUUCUGGGAAGCCCUGAAACUGAAGCAAGGCAUCUAUGCUCGUCUCCCUAAACACUACCUCACAUCCCUCGAGAAGAAAGAGCCCACCCCUGUCCACUGGAGACCCCUGGGAGUCCAGUACCGAGCCAACCCAAAGACUGGGCACAAGGAACGGGUUCAGGAUGUCCCUAUUCCCAUCUAUUACCCUCCACAUUCCCAGGACGGCCUGUGGGGUGGAGAGGGCUGGAUAACUGGCUACAGAUACGCCAACAAUGACAAACUGUCCAAUCGCAUGAGGAAGACCUGGAAACCACAGGUGUUAAAACGAGAGCUGUACAGCGAAAUCCUUGAUCAUAAGUUCACCAUCCCUGUCACAGCCCGCACUCUGGACCUCAUUGAUGCUCUCUAUGGCUUCGACUUUUACAUUCUCAAAACAUCAAAGGAAGACCUGAACUCCAAGCUAGGGAUGGACCUCAAGAGGGCCAUGCUGCUUCGAUUGGCACGCAAAGACACAGAGCUUUACCCCAAUGACCCUGUCAAGAGAGAGAAGGUGUACAACAAAUACAAGCAGUUUGAGAUCCCAGAGGAGGAAGCAGAGUGGGUGGGUCUGAGUCUGGAGGAGGCUGUGGAGAAACAGAGGCAGCUGGAGCACAAGGAGCCUGAACCCCUGUUUAAAGCCUGUGUUGACAAGCUGGCGGAGGAGCUGCGCCUCCAAAAACUCUCAGAGCCACACAUCACAGAGAAGGAGUGACAACCACAAACCAUCUGAGCGGGACAGAUGCAGCUUUUCAGACUGAAAAAUUAAGUAGGUUGAACUAUCAAGCUUCUCCAGGUGGUGGUGGGAUUUUGAUUCACCAAUUUUCUGCUCCUGAAACAUUUUCAGCAAUGAGUGCAAACCUUGGAGAACUUCCUGAAGUUUCAACUUACCUUUCCAUCUGGGAGUGACACAAAGGACAAGGUUGUGUUGGACUAAUGCGUAUUUAUUUCAGUUCUCUUUUUCCUGUUUGCAUUUCAGACCCAUGCAAGAGACAUUUAGGAAUUAAGGCAAAAGCCUCCAUUAGUGUAAACACAGCUGAGAUAUAAGGCCCUUGUAUGGGAUAUCUAAAAAUAAAAUAAAAAACCCUGUUUUCUUAAA